CUGAUAGGCCCAGGGUGUGUGGCCUAUGUCACAGUUCGUGUGGACUGUGAAAUUCAGAUUGGGACGUUCUUUCUCUUCAAGCAAACGUGAUACAUGGUGAAGUACUAAAGGAUGAUAUUUUUCAAGAGUAUGGUGAUGGCUCUGUUGAGCAUUGCCAUUUCAGCUGGAGUACUAGCUGUACAGCAGAAAGUUAAAAACAUCCAUCUUCUUUCUCCAGAAGAGCAAAAAUUCAUUCAAAAUGCUGGACAUAAAGGGUUACCCAGGGACUGCCAUGAACUGUGGGAAAGUUCUGGAGGUCAGGCACGGGAUGGUGUCUACAUAAUCAAGCCCGGAGACUUACCCAUUGUAGCUUUCUGUGCCAUGCAGGAAGGUGGCUGGACUGUGAUCCAGCACAUUACAGUUAACAGCAGUGUGGACUUUGACCGCACCUGGGAAGAGUAUAAGUUGGGCUUUGGAACCUUGACUGGCAACCACUGGUUGGGAAAUGAGUAUAUCCACCAACUCACCAGUGGACCUAUCCGCUACAAGCUGGGCAUCAAGCUAGUGGACAAAGAUGCUAUAACUAAAACCGGUGAAUAUGACCCAGCACUGGUGGAAGGAGAAGAUGCACAGUAUAGGUUGCGUCUGGGCUUGUACCAUGGUACUGCUGCAGAUGCUCUCACUCUGGACCCAGAGAACUACCUCCACGAUAACCAGAAAUUUACCACCAAGGACCGUGACAAUGAUAAUUAUUUCCAGAACUGUGCCAAGCUAGAGUUUCAGGGAGUUGCUGGUGGGGGGUGGUGGUAUGACGCCUGUGCCGGUGCCAACCUCAACCGCCGGAAUGUCAUCUAUUGGCAAAAGGACUGCAACAAGGAGCAUCUGUGCAAAUAUGCCUGGAUGAUGGUAAAGCCUUCAGAUAUGGUCAAAAUCAUGCAUCCUGCAGAUUGCAAAAGAGAUGAGCUCUGAGUGAGCCUUAUUACAUUGCAUUCAGCCUGUGGGAGGGCUGACAAGUACAAAAUAAUAAAAAAGUUUUCUCUCUGA